AUGCCUCAGUUUUGGAGUUUUCACCCUGCCUGGGUCCCCGCGCCUCCCCAGCCCUGAGGGCUCCGGGCUGGUUUGCCCUCGGGCAGGACAGCGGCCGCCGCACCCCGCCCCGGCCCCGGGCACAAGAUGGCGGCGGCCGUGAGGGCGACGGCCGGCGCGAAGGGCCGGGGCGGCGGGCGGCGGGGCGGAGAGGGCCCGGCGGCGCGGCGCUGAGGGGGUCGCCCGGCCCGCCGUUCCCCUGCCGCCUUCUGACGGGCUCCGGCGGCCCCGCCGCGGCGGGGUGGGGCUGCAGCGGCGGCCGCAGCCGGGCCGAGCAGCGGGGAGGUGAGGGGACACGACACCCUGCCUGCCCCCGGUACCGGCGAUGAGCGGCGCCGAGGAGGCGCGGGAGCUGGAGGAGCGGCUGCGGGAGGCGGCGGCGCUGGGGGACGUGGAGGAGGUGCGGCGGCUGCUGGGCGCGGGGGCGGACAUCAACUCCCGCAACGAGAUCAACGGCUGGACGUGUCUGCACUGGGCCUGUAAGCGGAACCAUGCCCCGGUGGUGUCCUGCCUGCUGGAUGCUGGGGCAGAUAAGCAGAUCCUCACGGCUAAAGGAGAGCUGGCUGCACAGUUAACUUCAAAACCAGAGAUCCGGAGGAUUUUGGGAGAGGAAGAAACUGAGUGUCAAGCAGUGAAGGAUUUAAACUUGCCAAUUGUUGCAAACCACUCGGCCGACCCACCGCUCCCUUACGUUUACACUGAAGAAACCAUUCCGGACAGCUUGGCAGAAUCCCGGAACGCGAGUGCUUCCACCUCUCCCGCUCCCCGGUGUGAAACUAGCCCCUGCUCGCCCGCAGCUCCGGUGGGGAGCACGUGCGCGCCGGCAUCGUGCCCCAGCGACGAGGACUUGGCCGCCGCGGCUCGGCCGUGUGCGCCGCCCCGCUGGGCUGGCCGGCCGCCCUCGCCUGGCCGCACGGCGCUGGUCUCGCCCGGCGCGGCCCGGCAGCACGACAGGGCACCCGCUGGUCCCGCCCCGGCCUUUCAGCCCUUGUUCUUUACCGGCACUUUCCCGUAUAACGUGCGAGAACUUGUGCUUAAAGUGAGAGUCCAGAACCUCAGAGACAAUGACUUCAUUGAAAUUGAACUGGACAGACGGGAACUGACCUAUCAGGAUCUGCUCCGAGUGAGUUGCUGUGAACUGGGUGUUAAUCCUGAACAAGUAGAGAAGAUCAGAAAAUUACCUAAUACGCUAGUAAGAAAGGACAAGGACGUUGCCAGACUUCAGGACUUCCAAGAGUUGGAGUUAGUUCUUGUGAAAAGUGACAACUCUCCCUUCAGAAAUGCUGCAUCAGCUUUGACCGAGAGACCGUGCUACAACAGCAGAGCAUCGAAGCUGACUUACUGACUCGUCUAGAUGUAUCUGGAGUGUGAAAAGCUGGUAAUCAUAUGCUGCUGCCUUUUGAAGGCAGUGAAUUAAGCAUGUGUAAAACCUUAAGUUAUUGUUAGGGUUACUAUUUUAACUAAUAGUUUAUCUUUUAUAUUUAAUAUCCCCUUUGCUUUUAUUUUUUUACUUGAUACUGUAUUCAGAUAAGGGAUACCUCAUUUGUCUACUAAAAUCACAUGCUUCCAAUGUAUUUCAGUGAAGUUUAUUGGUAUUUGGCAACAGAGGGCAGGAAAGACUUAAUUACUGAUAUGAAAUGUAUGUUGAGUACUCCCACUCUUUGACCAAAUAAGACUCACGGAGAAGAGAUUCAGGAAAUGGUGUGUGCGUCUGUGUGUAUAUAUAUAUAUGUAUUUUUUUUAAACUUCCUGAUUAAGUUAAACGUCAGAGCGUAUUUGGCAUAUAAUGAGCAGUUGCUCUCUAAAAAUGUAAAACUUGCAAGCCCCUUCACAAAGACUUGCCAAGAUGUGUUGUCUUGCCUGCUACGGAUAGAAAUAUUUAAUGCUCUGAAGUGACAGGAGAAAAAUUUUCACUUGGCUGAAAAAUAAGUAGUGUCCCCACUGAAACGUUUCUUUCCCAUCUGAGAAUACUGUAACUUAAGUGAUGGCAACCCUCCACAUCCAUAAAAAAAUACAAAAGCCUCUCUUAAUUAAGGAGCAUUUAAGUCACAAAGCAAGUUAAAAGUGCCCUUUCAAAUGAAAGCCCUUAUGUUUCAGGAACUAGGCAGGGGAUCACAAAUCUGCGUCCAUAGCUUUAUUUAUUUUCCCACCGCUGUGAGGAGACUCUGCAUUAUCCCCACCAAAAUUCAGUACUGUUAAGUCAGCUGCGUUCCUUGUGGCCCACCCUCGCUGACCAGUUACAAGGCGCGUGGUUGGUUUCUGCUGUGAGAGGAGCAGGAGAAGCACAACAGUAUACGCUUGAGGUAUCACAACUGUAAGGAGCAGUCGCUCUUGAUUAGCCAUACUAAACUAGAAACAUACACCACUAGCAAAUAACUAACCUGUAACUUUACAUGUUGCACAGUCUACUGGCACCUUUACGUACUGUCCAGAGUUUUAGCCAGAAUACUGAAAGGGCUGAAGGCCUCCAGGUGCUUUCAACUGAACUUUGUGGGGGGAGAAAACCCCCAAGACUCUGGUUAAGCUACAGACUGCUUAACUUGCAUUUCAGCAAGUCAAUAAUAAAAACAUCCACCUGUGGUUUUAUGAAUGGCAAAAGUAAUCAUUAAAACACACCCUGAAGUCACUCCCUUCCCCUGCAAACGAAGUAUUUAAGUCGAAGCAUUGCUGGAGGCUUUUCCUGUUAACGUGGCGGUCUAAGUUACACCUUAGGAGGCUUUUUGUCUUUCGUACCAAAAACUAGGAUAAUGACCUUUGCACCAAAAACCUUAAUUGGGAACUAGGGGGUGUGAAGGAGUUGUUUUUUCUGAACAUGAGCUGCUUUUUUCUUCCCCCAAUAGUACUGAUUUUCCUCCCAUCUCUGCUUUAUUAAGCUGCACUAGAGCAGAGUUUAGGCACAGCUGAUGCAGUGUUUGUUGUUGAUCUGGAUUGUAAUGUUGACAUUCAGGCCAUAAAUAGUACAAUCAACAUGUUUUGGUAGGAGCAGCACAGCUGCCACCCUCUCUCAGCUUCCUGCAGCACAGCUGCUUUAUCCUCAAAGUGGCUCCCCCAAGCGAGGUUAGUAAAUGCAUGCACAGCCGAAUACAGAAACCCCUUCUGCCAGCACAAGAGAUGCUGGACUCCAGGUUCAGGAUUUCACCAACUUACUUAGGCUUAAAAUUCUUGCAUAGUGCAUUCAGAAUAAUUAUAAUCUUUUCCCACUUGCUCUUUUCACUUAAACUCUGCUGACUUGCUGUUCUCAGUCCUGGCCCUUCUCUAUCCAGGAGCUGGCCUACCCUAAAGCCCAAUUCAACUCCUGGUAAGCUCAAGACUGACACAGUAUGAAGUAGUUCCUUAACUCUGGCUCCCACCUCGUUUUUCUUGUAGGACAGGAAAGGGUUUUAUUUUAACAAUUGUAUAUUUAUCUUUUCAGCACAGCUUGGAGGCUAGUUCAGAUUAUGUGCAAUAACUGUUUGAAAAACAGGAGUAGUUAAAUGGUUCAAAAUUAAGAGUAAUUUCUUUUCAGUUUCUUUGUAAAUCCAGUGUAAAGACUGCCUCCACUAAUUACUGAACAUUCAGCUAUAGGAGCAGCUGGUUUAAAAAAAACCAAACAUCUUUAUUUGCCCUAGUUUUCACCAAGAAUAACUGUUAAUGUGACAAGACUAAAACUUUAAUCAUGAUCUGACUGUAAUAAUAACAGUAAGUCUAUGCAUUCAGAGAAAUAUUUUUGUAUGUUUUAUGCAGUUUGAUAAAUUCUAAGGCACACUAGUUAUGUUAACUGUUUUUUGCUGGGUUUUUCCUUUGAACAAUAAACUGUUGGUAUGACAACUGAAACUAAGUUUACAAUACUUACUGUUCUUCCAAGGACAACUUUUGUUUGCACUACGGACUUGUACUGAACUGACAUUGCUACUCUUCACUUAUAUUAAAGUAUCAGUUGUUUCAAGUA